GAUGUUUACGCCGAAAUGCCUGCGGAAAGCAUACGAUGGGAUACUAUAGAAGCCUUGAAAAACUCACCAAAAGGAAAACUCCAUUACUACACAGACUGGGUUGAAAAUGGGGAGGAUAUUUUAGGAGGAUGUAACGAGACGCCAAGCCUUUCCCCGUUGUCGGGGCUUAUCCUAAAGAAACAGAACCUUCGGCCUCAGCUGAAUGUCCGCACACUGGGCAGCCCCUCUCGGGAUACAAGCCCAUGCCUCUCUGAAGAUGCUCAUAUCUCCAGCUCGGUUCCAACCAGCCCCCACAAAACCUCCACAGCACUGCUGUCUGCUCCCAGCUCCUCACCACCAGUCACCAGCACAGAGCAGGAUGAGGAGCAUCAGGUGGUCGAAGUGGAUGAGGAGGAUUUUAGCGACACUGAAGCCCUCAGCCCUGUUCCAAGUCUCUCUCCACCCCCCACCAUCUCCCUGCUGUCUCCCAGAGCUACUCAGAUGGCCGGGUGCAUCCGCAUCUGCGAGGAGCGACACAGGGCUAAAGCUAAGGCAGAGCUGAGCCUGAGACAGGAACUUCAAGAGCGUCUGGUUGCCACGGUAGCGAGCCGAGAAUCAGAGCAGCUGAAACGCUUUGAGGAGUUCAUGGAGCUUAAACAGAGACAGGAGUACCAGACUAUGAGGGAUAUGAUGGAAAAGGAAACCCAAGAGAGUCUUGGCCGCCAGGAAAAGCUAAAGGAAGAACACAGGCACAGAAUGAAGAUAUUAAACCUUCGUUUGCGUGAAGCAGAGCAGCAGCGUUUGCGUGAGGCAGAGCUGGAAAAACAGAGGCAGUUGGAGGGCAGAGAGAGGUUACGAACCCUGAACGCCAUUCAGGAGAAACUGCUGCAGCUCAACCAGCAGCUGGAAUCAGGGGCCACCCUCGAUCACGCCUCCUACAUCACCCGCGGCAACCAGCUAUGCUCUCUGGUGUCUGAGGUGGUACGAACCACAGCAGAGGGAGACUUUCCCAGUGUGGAGGACGUGACCGUGGCUGAAAGAGCGCUACAUGACAUGAAGGCGCUGGUUGGUGCCAUGGAGGAGGAGAAAGCUCAGCUUGAGGAGAGGAGAAAGAAAGAAGAGGCGGAGGAAGAGGACAGAAAGAAACAGGCCGAGCUGAAGGCCCAGGAGGAGGAGCAGAAGAAGGCGGCUGCGGCCUCCGCCAAAGAGAAAGCCCGAAAACAAGGCCUGCAGACCAGCGCUGAUGAUAGCACCCUCUCAUGGUACAAAGAGUUACAGGACUCAGCCAACCAGUGUGCACAGGCAUUUGAGGAUCUAAAUAGCACUAAGGAUAUGCAGGUGAAGAAACUGCGAAUGGAACUUCAAAAGGCCGCCACCAUCCCCGUGAGUCAGAUUUCCAGCAUUUCAGGCUCUAAACUGAGAGAGAUCUUUGAUAAGAUCGACAAGCUGUUAUCAGCGCGACCUGUAGUCUCAGGCGGGAAGACGGUAUCCACAACCCAGCACCCGAGCGCGCAUGAAUUUGUCUGCUACAAACUGGCUGAAAAGUUUGUGAAACAAGGAGAAGAGGAGGUAGCGUCCCAUCACGAAGCGGCAUUUCCCAUUGCCGUGGUGGCUGCCGGGAUUUGGGAGCUCCACCCUAAAGUGGGCGACCUGAUUCUGGCUCACCUUCACAAGAAGUGCCCUUACGCUGUUCCCCAUUACCCACCCAUGAAGGACGGCACUUCCAUGGAAGACUAUCAGAGGAUCCUGGGAUACCGGGUGGAGGACUCGGGGGUAGAGGAGCAGGACAGUUUCCUGAAGAGGAUGUCUGGGAUGAUCCGCCUCUACGCUGCCAUUAUCCAGCUGAGGUGGCCGUACGGCAAUAAAAAUACGCCUGAUCCUCAUGGACUGAACCAUGGCUGGCGUUGGUUGGCCCAGAUGUUGAACAUGGAACCACUGGCUGAUAUCACGGCCACGCUUUUGUUUGACUUCCUCGAAGUUUGUGGACACGCCCUUAUGAAACAGUAUCAAAGCCAAUUCUGGAAACUUCUCUUACUCAUUAAGGAGGAAUACUUUCCCAGGAUCGAGGCUAUAACCAGCACUGGACAGAUGGGCGCCGUUAUUAGACUUAAACAGUUUCUUGAGAAGUGUUUGAGAACAAAGCAGAUAUCUCCUCCUGAGGGGCACCUCACGUCCGCUUUUUGGGGAUCCUAGCCGGAUGGAGACCGUACCCCUCAAUCAAGAAACCUUCCUAUCAAAUGCAUGAAAUAUUCCCUCUGAGGCUGCCCAUAUUUACCCAUUGAUAAUUGCAUGAGCUCCAUAAAUACACUGUUGGGCAGAUAGUGGUUCUCAGUAUCUGCAAUGAAUUAGCUGCUAUGCCUAAUUACAUCCAUUCGUAAGAGGUCAAACUAAAUUAUGCACUUCGAUUGGCUGUAUGUGAAAUGGAUUUGGUCCCACCCAGACAUUGCUGUUUGAUAACGUGCAAAGCCAGGAUCUGUAUUCGAUGGCUCUCUAGGGAUGUCGGGGUGAAAAAUGUUGCCAACUUUUUUUUUGCCUUGUGUUUCUCAGAAUACUUGGAAUCUUUUAGUUUCUGUGUGACAUGCUACAUUGGUAUUGCCGGAAAAUGUUCAAGGAGUACAACUAGGAUUUAUAUUGUAUUGGAUGUCAUGUCCAGCGUGUGAAACCUUGUUGUUGCAUCUUGCAUUUCCAUGCCAGUGUAACCACUGACAGUUUUUUUUAUUUAAGUGCCAAACUGCUG